AUGUUUCCGCCGUUCUGGUUUGGGGGUGUGACAACCAAGACCAGGUUUUGUCGCCUGCUAGGGUUUUCUCGAGGUUGUGAUUUGGUUGAUCCUGAAACUAUCUGCAACUAUGCUCUUUUGGAAAUGUUCUAUAAUAUGGGCUAUCAUGAAUAUCUUGUUAUCAUCUUCAAAUUCAAGAAGCCUAACCUUCCUCCUAUGUGGAAUGGUUUAUUUACUUUACUAUUCAAGAGGCUGACAAGCCAAAGAAAGGAGGAAAAAGAAAAGCGAAGGUUGGACCCUCCAAACCUGCUCAGAUUCCGAAGAAAAAGAAGUUAUCCAAUCACAGGCAAAGAACUCCAACUCCAAGAUAUUGUGUUCAGUGAUGACCAGGAUGACCUUGAGGAUUUACAUUACAGUCCUUUCAAUGUUCCCCGGUUUAGUGAUGGCGAUGCUCAUAUGACUCAUCGACAAUUCAAGGUUCUUCAAGUGAAGUUGGAUUGUUUGAUUGAAUUAUCCAAGACCUCCUUCAGCUCUAACUACUCAAUUGCAGCCCACAAUGCUUUACUAGAGACAAUGACGAAAGAUCAUACUGCAAACCUUGAAAAAGCAAAUAAAGUUGUUGAGGAUUCAUCGCAUGUCUGCAUGGAAACGACCGAAAAAGCCAAAAAACUAAUUUUUGAUGCUCAAACAUUUACGGGUACUUUCCAGACAUCCUUUGAAACAAAUGUUUCCAAAGCACAUAAGAUGAUUACCACUCUUGAAACUAUUCUUCACACUGAGAAGGAUGCUCUUGAGAAGAACAAGAUAAUGGAUCAUCUCACAGUCAAAAAUGAGAAGGUGAAAGUUCUCUUAGUAAAAUUAGUGCAUGAAAACUCCAAAAUUAACGAUCUUAAAUCUGAGAAAGCCGUUAUCAAAAGUUGUGUGGCUGAUUUGAAUGCUGCUUUGCACAAUUUAAUUGAGACUCGUGAUUCUCUCCUUACUGUCUCCGUUAAUCAGCAGUUAGCCAAGAAAUUCAAGCCCAUCUUCUCGAUGCUCGACAGGAUUGUAGGUGUUUCAGAAUCCUCUAUUCCAAAACAAGAGAACCCCGAGUCAAACAAACCGAAUGAUAAUGUAGCUUGGAGUUCGAUAGGAAAAGAAAAAGUGAUUGAUGAUGAUGGUGAUGAAGAAGAGGAUGAUGAUGUGAAAUUAAAGCGUAAAUCUUGCGAUGUAGAACUCAAUGAAAAUCUGCGACUAGCUAAGGAGGCCGAUGAAAAAGAAAAGGCACUUCGUGAAGCCCAAGUCACAUUUGAAACUGAGAUAAUUUUAUUUCCUUUGUGGUAUGUGGCGCAUAUAAUGAGUGAAGUAAUUGAUAAUUUAAGUGUGUACUGUCUAGAACCUGUUGUUUCAUUCGAACUGGAGACUACCUUCGAUUCGCAGCUUGAUCUGUUGAUGACUCCGAAGGCUUUCCAGUUUUGCUCCUUUGACAGGGUUGUGGAAAUUGAUCUUUCUGAUUCAGGUGUUGAUCAAAUGAUCUUCUCGUUUUUCCUGAAGCACAUGAAGCCUCAGUACAAAACCUGGAGCUUGAAGAAAAUCACAAUUGUGAAGGUUUCCAGCCCGAUUGGAGCUGAUAGUUUUCCAAAUGCUCGGUUCAAAGUUGCAAGAGGAGCUACAAGUCAAGUGUAUGAUUUUACUCUCACAGAUCUUCCAUUCCUGAACCCGUCUGAUUGGAUUUUGCUGCUUCAUUUAUAG